AUGACGUACGAGGAAGCAGAUGUAGUCACCCUUUUGAAGAUCGUGAUUGAAGAUCCCAAGGAUGAUUACGUAAUUUUGAAGGAACCGGAGGGGUUGGGCGGUGGUAAUAGCCGCGGUGGCGGCGGUUGUUGUUCACUGCCUUCUUCUUCCUCACCAUCGAGUAGUGUUGGUGGCGGCUUUUGGUGCUCUCUUUGGUGGUGGUCGAAGCUUGUUCUUGUGUUUAUCUUCUUGGCUGUUGUGGGGGUUUGUUUCUUUCUAUGGAUCAGACCUUUUUUAAUGAUUAAGGAACGAUCCAACUGGAUUUCUGAAAUUAUUCCAACUUCUAUAACUUCAAUCCCUCUGUUUCUCACAUAUUUCAGGAGAUGUAUACAAAAGCUCAAGAAGAUUAAUUUAGCCUACAAGGAGACCCCAGUGGGAGUGAUUCUAUAUAUGGGAUCAUCAUAUCCAUAUUCAGGGGUUGGAAGGACUAUUCAUAGCUGCAUCACCAUGGCAGUGUCUGAGUUUUACAUGGUCAACCCUCACUUCCAAACAAGGAUAAUUCUUCACCAUAGGGAUACCCAUGGAGACCCACUACAUGCUCUCUCUGCUGCUCUUGAUCUUUUGGAAAAGCCGAAAGUGCAAGCAAUCAUAGGUUUAGAGUCAACAGCUGAAGCAAAGUUCCUGGCGGUUUUGGGAGACAAAGCUAGAGUGCCUAUUCUUUCACUUUCACCAUGUCUCUCUUGCAACAAGCAUCCUUAUUUCCUUCAAGUUACACAAGAUGAAAAUGAAACCACUCAAUUUAAAGGGAUUGCUGCAAUGGCUGAAUCCUUUAGACGGAAGGAAGUUAUCCUUAUCUGUGAGGAUAGUGAUAGUGGAAGAGAUAUGACAAAUACUCUCCAAACAAAGAGCAUACUGGUAACACAUAGGAGCCUAAUUUCAACCUCUUGGAGCAAUGAACUACUCCAGGAAGAGCUUCACAGGCUUUCAACCAUGCAAACAAAAAUAUUUAUCAUGCAUGCUUCCCCUUCUAUUGCAUCCCACCUUUUGGUGAAUGCAAAGCAUCUAGGAAUGAUGGAUGAAGGAUAUAAAUGGAUUAUCAUCGGUAAGACUAUGAAGUUUCUGAAUUUGCUGGACGAUGAAGUUAUUGAGUCUAUGCAAGGGGCAGUAGGUUUUAAAUUAUACGUUCCACAAUCAAGAGAUCUUCACAAUUUCACUUACAGACGGAGAAGGAAAAAUCACGUGAUGGUGAAGCUCCAGGAGAUAAACAGUUAUGCUCUUUGGGUGUACGAUGCAGUUUCAGCUCUAGCAAUGGCUGUAGAGCAAUUUGAACAACUGAAGAGAAAAUAUGUGGAUACAAUUGCAAGUGACUUGACUCAAAGCCAAAAGGGUACAACACUUCUGCUGAAUGAGAUGUUAAGCAUCUCAUUUCAUGGUUUAGGUGGUGCUUUCCAACUUAGGAAUGGGAAGAUUAAUGAUGCACAAGUCAUGGAAAUAGUAAAUGUGAUAGAUAAAGUUUCUGAUGAGGGUCUGGAAGCCAUCAUCUGGCCUAAAGGUGGUAUCACAACUAAUCCAACACAUAGGAUGCUACAAGCGAGUAGCAAAAUCCUCAGAAUUGCCAUUCCACCAAAAUUUGGAGUGGGGAGAGUUUUUCAAGUGAAAUACGAUGCUGAAACUAAUUCCACAGUCGUUUCAGGGUUUUGUGCAGACGUAUUCCGAACUGCAUUCAAAGGAUUAGGUCGCGACAUAUCCUUUCAGUUCAUCCCAUUUACGGGAGAAGAUAGAAUAAUAAAUUACAACGAGCUUAUAUAUAGAGUCUAUACUGGGCUUAAACCAGUACUUGAAGAAAUCGAAAGAAGAUCUUCAAGGAAAGAGUAUGUUCAAAUUCUUCCAGAAUGUCACAGAAUAUACUGUGAACAACGCCUAUCUUUGGUAAAAGGCAUAGUAUCUCAAAGGAUUUCAGAAUAUUCCAAAAAGGAGACUUUACCUUCUUUAACCAGAUCCAGAUGUGCAUACUUGAUGCAUGUAUCUAAUUUAUGUCAUCCAGUUUGCCAACUGGAGCACCAACUGUUUGACCAUUUCUUCCCAUCAACUUCAGAGGAUAUAACAAGUAUGGCUCCUUUGGUAGAUCCACUAUGUACUUUCUUGUAUGAUACACUGAGACGAAAGUUAAUCCAUGAAACAAAUCUUGAUGUUCUUUGUGAACUUGUGGAUAUUCUCAAAAUAGAAGUGAUAGGAGAACAACUAAGAAGAAGAAGUGAAUCUUUGGCUGGAAUUCGGCCUACAUUGGACAGAAUUUUAGCAGAUAUUCAUGAAAGGUUAACCUUCCGUGCUCGAACACAUAUUCGUGAUGAGAUAACAAAUUAUCUCCCACUGGAUGAAGAUCUGGAUCAAAUCAGAUCCCACUUCUAUUGA